UGCUUAAACCCAAAGGUAUGACAAAACCCAUCAAAAAGUGGGGCUCUUCAACAAAGUGCUCAGCGUCAGCGGCUGGACAGAAUUCAGUAUUCACGAGUGCUUAGUGGAAACCAGUAAGCUCCAUAUGAUCAUCAAUGGCAGUACCAAAAAAGUUCUUCAACCUUCGCUUCAAAUCAAUGCCCAUUUCCACCCAUAUAUUCCCCCAAUUUCCUCUGUCACCCCAUCAAUGAGCUUCGCACCAUUUUUCCCUCCGCGGCCAUGAAAUCCAAGAGCUCCGUGGAAAUGGGUUCUCUGUUUUCUGCUUCCUUCUUCUUUCUUUUUCUGAUUUUGAUCCAUUCUUCGCCUCACGAAUCAGUGGAGUAUAAAUCUGCCAUUGGAGACCCGGGAAUGAAGAACCCAAAUGUUCGAGUCGGAUUUGAGGCCUGGAACUUCUGUAAUGAAGUUGGAGCGGAAGCGGCCCACAUGGGCAGCCCCAGAAUGGCUGAUUGUGCUGAUUUGCGAGCCCCAUUGGCUUCUGAUUAUCGCGAUUGUUUCCGUCUUGAGAGCGAUAACAAGUGUCUACUACAAAAAGUAAAUGAAUCAGAUAAUAAACUUGGGGCAGGGGAAAAAUUCCCAUCGGAACGUUUUAAGCCAUACCAGGACCCAGAUCUGUAUGCUGUGGAGAAGGAGCGUUAUCUUGGAUCAUUAUGUGAGGUUCAUGAUUCUUCGGAUCCAUGGUACUUCUGGAUGAUUAUGCUAAAAAAUGGAAACUUUGACAAGAACUCUACUCUCUGCCCUGAAAAUGGCAAGAAUGUUAGUAAGAUUGUAACUGAUAGAACAUUCCCUUGUUUUGGAGAAGGAUGUAUGAACCAGCCACUUGUUUACCAUAAAAGUUCAAGAUUGGUAUCUCUUGGCAGACGAAUGGUCUCUUUAACAGGCGGGUUUUAUGGAACCUAUGAACUUGAUGCUGAUUUGAGUAACGGUAUAGGGAAGAACUCUUACUUUUCAGUCACCUGGGUGAAGAAUGUUAGUACAGGUAGUUGGAUUUUCUUGCAUCGUUUGACGACAUCGUCCAAGUAUCCUUGGCUUAUGCUGUACCUCCGUUCCGAUGCAGCAACAGGUUUCGACGGUGGAUAUCACUACGAUGGUCGUGGCAUCAUGAGAAAGUUGCCUGAAUCCCCAAAUUUCAAAGUAAGAUUAACACUUGCCAUAAAAAGUGGAGGUGGAAGCAACAACCAAUUCUAUCUCAUUGACAUAGGAAGCUGUUGGAAGAACAAUGGAGAUCCUUGCAAUGGCGACACGACCACCGACGUAACUCGAUACAGUGAAAUGAUUAUCAACCCGGAGACUACUAGCCGGUGCAAACCGAGCAAUCUACAGGCUUGUCCACCAUAUCAUGUUAGUGCUGCUGGUGAGAAAAUAUAUAGGAAUGAGACAUCAAGGUUCCCAUAUUCAGCUUAUCACCUGUACUGCAGUCCUGGAAAUGCUAUGCAUUUGGAGAAACCAUAUGAUAUUUGUGAUCCAUAUAGCAACCCACAGGCUCAGGAGUUGGUACAAAUUCUUCCACAUCCUGAAUGGGCUGUACAUGGCUAUCCAAAGAAGCAAGGAGAUGGAUGGAUUGGAGAUCCUAGAACUUGGGAGCUUGACGUUGGAGCUUUGUCGAACCGCUUGUACUUCUACCAGGAUCCGGGAACGAAGCCAGCAAGGCGGGUAUGGAAAUCGAUCAAUGUCGGUGCAGAAAUAUAUAUUAGUGAAGGGGGGGUGACAGCAGAGUGGAGUGUAAGUGAUUUUGAUGUUCUGGUUCCACAAGAUCCAAGAGAUGCCAAUUGCUGCUCUUAUUAAUUUUCUGCUCUAAGUUAUGCAAUAUAUCAAAUAAUGUCAUCAUAUAUAAUUCUCUCUUCAUCUUUCCCCAUUGGCAUCCCUUUACAAAUACUUGCCACUUUAUUGUUCCAAGAAAUAAAUGCUUUUUAAGGGCAAGUUUUAUGUUAUAUUUCCUCCUCCCACCUGCCAUUUUGGUAGAAAAUUAUGUGCUUUUGUAACUCAAACAGCUAAUCUUCAAAAUCAAGUGAUGUGUGUGAUAAUGUAUUAUUAUUA